CACAGGUCCAGUGAAAUGCUUCCCAACGAACAGAAACAGCAAGAAGCACCCAGUGACCAAGGCGAGGCCGAUCUAAAUCAAGCGAGUCCACCUUUCACCCCAGAAAAAGGCGAAAAAUCCCCAGCGAACGGAGCAGCAGCAGCAAUUCCUUCCUCUUCACCGCACAGCCAGCCCUCCCGGAUCGAAACCCUAGGGUUUCGCAUCGGCCUUCCCCCUCCUUCUCCCUCCGCUGCGCGCGUGCGCGGGGAGCCACCAAACCCUAGGACGGCAAAUCCAGUGCGAUCGCCCACGGUGGAGGCCUCGUCGGCGGCCGAGAGGAGCCGCUCAGGGCUCGGGUCAGGGAUCCGGUACCUCACCGGCGCCGCCUCCGGGUGGUGGGACCGGUGGAUGGUCAUGGGAGCAAGCGGCUCCAAGCUCGAGAAGGCCCUCGGCGACCAGUUCCCGGAAGGCGAGCGCUACUUUGGCCUCGAGAACUUCGGCAACACCUGCUACUGCAACAGUGUCCUUCAGGCACUUUACUUUUGCAUUCCAUUCAGGGAGCAGUUACUGGAAUAUUAUUCAAAUAACAAAAAUCCUGGAGAAACGGAGGAAAAUCUUUUGACUUGUUUGGCUGACCUUUUUAUGCAGAUAAGCCAAGCAAAGAAAAAGACUGGUGUUAUUGCUCCAAAACGUUUUGUUCAGAGAGUGAAGAAACAGAAUGAGUUGUUUCGUAGUUACAUGCACCAGGAUGCACACGAGUUCUUAAAUUUUCUGCUGAAUGAACUUGUUGAUAUUCUGGAAAAAGAGUCAAGUACCGCGAAGGACUCCCCCCAAUCAUCAUCUCCUGAAAAAGCUCCAAAUGGUCCAGUUCAACCUUUAGCCAAUGGAGUUAGAAAAGAGCCACCGGUUACCCUGGUCCAUAAGAAUUUUCAGGGCAUAUUGACCAAUGAAACAAGAUGCUUAAGAUGCGAGACAGUAACUGCAAGGGAUGAAACAUUUCUUGAUCUUAGUGUUGACAUUGAACAAAAUAGUUCUAUCACAAGCUGCCUGAAAAAUUUCUGCUCUACGGAAACUUUAAAUGCUGAGGACAAAUUCUUUUGUGACAAAUGCUGCAGUUUGCAAGAAGCACAGAAGAGAAUGAAGAUCAAGAAGGCUCCACACAUAUUGGUGAUCCACCUAAAGCGCUUUAAGUACAUUGAGCAGCUUAGCCGGUAUAAGAAGCUUUCAUAUAGGGUUGUAUUCCCCAUGGAGCUGAAGCUCAGUAAUACAUCUGAUGAUGUAGACACCGAGUACUCCCUCUUUGCUGUCGUGGUCCAUGUUGGAAGUGGCCCCAACCAUGGACAUUAUGUAAGCCUUGUUAAAAGCCACAACCACUGGUUGUUCUUCGAUGAUGAAAAUGUCGAGAUGGUUGAAGAGCAGACCCUGCAAACAUUCUUCGGUUCUUCACACGAAUACUCAGGCAACACAGAUCAUGGAUAUAUCUUGUUUUACGAGGGACUUGGUGGGAAGAGUUAGAUUGGUUUUCUUGGCCUUCCCAGUUCUUUUUUUCUUUCCGUUGGAGCAUGCAAGUUUACUCUUGUACCUACACAGCUAUUUCAUUACCUCCAUGGAAAAUUGUCAAUCGAAGAGGUUGUAUGAAGUGAGGACGCCAGAUUUUGGGUGGUUUCAGUGUACAGGGGAUAAUGGAAUCUUGCUCCCAGUGAUGAAAUAAGGGGUAAAUUGUUCAGUACGCCUGACCAGUUUUCUCGCUCAGGACUAACAUAUUUGUUAAAGAAUUGAACAUUGCUAUUGAGCACACUGUAUAUUGAUUCUAGUUCUGAACUUAGGAUGUCCAUGCAAGUUCUGAUGUACUACUCUGGGAACUGCAUGGGAACCGUAUACUCGUUAGAAUCAUGUUACACAUAUGAUUUUUGGGGAAGUUGUCAGUUAAGCGUGAUGUGGAUUCAUGUUA